AUGUCGGACCAGAAGAAGAAUGACAACUACAUCCCCAUGGACAAGAUGGACUCGGAGUCCUCUAGCAGCUACAAGCCGCAGCCACCACCACAGCCGCGACACUCGGCUGUCGCUUCUGCAGCAAACAAUGCCACUCUCGCUAUUAUCAGCUACUGUGCUUCCUCUAUUCUAAUGACUGUGACGAAUAAAUAUGUUUUAUCAGGUGUGGAUUUCAACCUCAACUUUUUCCUUCUCUGUAUUCAGUCUAUUAUUUGUAUCAUUGCAGUGCAGUCUUGCAAGACCUUAGGAUUUAUCAACUACCGAGAUUUCAGUUCAGAUGAAGCCAAGAAGUGGUUUCCAAUUUCCCUCCUCCUUAUCGGCAUGAUUUACACCGGUUCCAAAGCCCUCAAGUUCCUUUCGAUCCCUGUUUACACUAUUUUCAAGAACCUUACCAUCAUCCUUAUCGCCUACGGUGAGGUACUGUGGUUUGGAGGCUCCGUUAGCGGACUCACCCUCUUCUCCUUCGGUCUCAUGGUUCUUAGCUCCGUUGUUGCUGCCUGGGCUGAUAUCACCCAUGCCGUCAGCACUUCUGCUGGUACUGGCGCUGUUUCCACUCUCAACUCCGGCUAUCUCUGGAUGUUGAUCAACUGUGCUUGUACUGCUUCGUAUGUCCUUGGAAUGCGAAAGAGAAUCAAGUUGACCAAUUUCAAGGAUUUCGACACUAUGUUCUACAACAACCUUCUCUCCAUUCCAAUCCUCAUGGUCAGCUCUCUCCUCGUUGAGGACUGGUCCAGUGCCAAUGUGGCCAAGAACUUCCCCGUCGAUACCCGUAACAGACUCUACGUUGCCAUGCUCUUCUCCGGAUUGUCUACCGUUUUCAUCUCCUACGCCUCCGCAUGGUGCGUUCGUGUUACCACUUCCACCACUUACUCCAUGGUUGGAGCCCUCAAUAAGCUUCCAAUUGCCCUGUCUGGUCUCAUGUUCUUCGGCGACCCAGUCACCUUCCCCAGUGUCUCUGCCAUUGCUAUCGGAUUUAUCAGCGGUAUCGUCUAUGCCCUCGCCAAAAUCAAGCAGAACGCCAAACCAAAGACUGGUAUUCUCCCAACUUCGAACCCCCCUGUCAGUGCCAGUGCCCAGAGCAUGAGAGACGGAUUCAAGUCGUGA